AACUUUAACGCAUUCCUAGAAACUGUCUUAAUGGACGACAAUCCUCUUAUUGAAUUGUUCGAAGAUCUCGCGGACUCUGAAAACGAUGAAAAGAAACUGCACGCCUUAAUAAAAAGAUACCGCACUGCAUCGAAUCAUGAGCUUAAAGAUUUCGUCGAUGAACUGUCGGAACUGCUGUGCAAUUCUUUCGCUUCGUAUAUACCCACCUUGAAAACUUUCCUUUCCCAAUUAUUGGAAGAAUAUUCAAAGCGUCAUAUUUUGUUGACUAAAUAUAAUAAUACUGCACUUCAAAAUUUUCCUUCUUUUUUAACUGACUGCAUAAUUGUACAGAACCUUCAUCAAUGUGAUAUUCCGGGUUUUGGAGAAAUAUUUGAUUGCUGUUUAGAGCUUCUAUGGCGAACUCAGAACAAUAAGAUUGCCAUUCAAAUGACUAAAGAUUUUUUAAUAAAAAUCCUAGAUUGGGACGGUGUUCUCGGAAUUUUGAUGUCAGGAUCACAUGGUCGCAAUUGUCUUAAGCGCAUCUUGUCUGAAUUAAACAUAGAUAAUAGGAUAGAAAAAGAAAAGUUGCUGAAGGUGGUGGAGAUGAUUGCAGCUAUUGUGGAACAAUGUUCCAGGCAUAAGGAUGUAUCACCUCGUCUAUCGGAGGCUUUUUCUGUAUACAAAGCUUGUAAUUCAUUAUUAGAUAAAUUCAAAAACCACCAGAUUGCUGAGCGCUCAUUACAUGUAUUACCUAUUCUGUGCGACAACGAUGAACGACACUUCUCGCUGUUGGGAAUGUCGGCGCCCCAAAGGUCAUCGGAUAUAUAUCAUUAUGUGCAAGCGUUUAAACAGCGAAAAAUAGAUUUAUAUCAGGUUUUAAUGAAAUUUUCGCCCUGCCUAAGCUGUCAGAAACAAGCACUUUUUCGUUUUUCUCCUGAUAAAUACUCUUCACUCAUGAAGGAAGAAGAGCUAACAAAUAAUGAAGUAUUUAAACCACCAGAACAUAUUUUUCACCUUCCGUUUGAGUUUGAUGAGAAUGAUAAACUUGGACCAUGGGAUAUUCUAAUAAGUGAAGACGCGAUAAAAGACAUGUCAUAUUUAGAAUCUCCUCUGGAAAUUAAAGCUGUCAUGAAGAAACUCGGACAUAUAUCAUCUGGAGCCUGGGACAAGCACGGUCUAAAGUGUCUGGCUCCAUCGCUCUCAAUUCCUGUUUAUGAAACGGAGCUUCAUGAUCAUGAUGGCUUAAAAAUACUCUGGCAGAUUGACUACGGAUUUUCCGUCCGUAGUUAUAUGCUUAUGCAACUUGUGAAAGUUUGGGCUGUCACUACCGACAAAGAUCAAAUCGACAAGAUAUUAGAAUACCUCAAGAUCCUCCAUCAAGUUUACACAGUUGAACAAAGUUCCCGUUGUGCUGUUCAGCAGGUUGGCAGAAACGAUAUAAUAAUACCAAAGGUCUUUGAAGAUGAACAGACAAAAUCCACUGAGAACGAAUUUUACAGUGAUCAAAUGGACGAUGAGCGACUGCUAGAGAUUCACAAAAUGCUUGUUACCAAUAAAUUCAUACCACUAUCAAAGAAUUUGUUCAAGUCGCUGGUAAUGGGUGGUACCGAUUUCACUUUUCAGGUGUCAAAAAUAGAGUACGAAAUCAUUAACAAUCCUACUUCGGCUAUCAUAAUAGGUCGAUCAGGUACAGGCAAGACCACAUGCAUCGUGUACAGACUACUUGCUUCCUAUCUCAAUAAUUCAAGUUAUAUAUCCGUUAAGCAACCAUCCUCGCGCAAGAGGCAAAUAUUCAUCACAGUGAGUCACAAUCUAUGCCGUCGGGUGAAAGAAUACUUCUACAGGCUGCGAGAAUCGGCUGAACUUGCCAAAACAAAAAUGUCAGUAGCACAAUUCUAUGAGUACGCUAGAAAAAAAGAGGAAGAAGGUUGCAAUACCGAUCUAACGGAUAAUAAAAUGCUCGAAGAAGAUGACGAUGAGGGUCUAAACAAGAUACCUAACUCGUUUUCUCAGCUUACAGAGGAUCACUUUCCAUUAUUUAUUACCUACAAAAAGUUUUCCGAAAUGCUCGAGGGAACAUAUGGAAUUGAUUCUCGAAGGUUGAUUCAACAAUCAAAAAUAAAUCAAAACUAUGAGGACGCUUUUAAUGAUGAGGAGGAAUUUCAUCGUAAUUUCUCUUUUAUUAAAACAUCCAACACAUCAUGGGCUCACUUUGUGGACUAUGAGGUUUUUAAGAAAAGAUAUUGGAAUCGCCUCAAUGAUGAUAAACUGAAUAGUGAGCUGGUUUAUUCCGAGUUUUCUAUUAUUAAAGGAUCGAAUCCAGAAGGAAAAUAUUUAUCAAGAGAGGAGUAUCAGACUAUAAGCACUAAAAAAUACCCUACAUUUUGCCAUAACCGGGAUAAAAUUUACGAUUUAUUUCGACGUUAUGAAAAAAUGAAGGCGCUUAAUGGUGAUUAUGAUUCAAUAGAUCGAACGCUAGCCAUUUUACAUUGUGCCACGAAAAAAGCACUUAAUAGUCCACAUAUUCAUGAAAUAUACAUCGAUGAAUGCCAAGACAACCAGAUUGUGGAUUUUGGCCUUAUCUUAAAAAUCUUUGAUCGUGUUGACAACAUUUUUUUGGCUGGAGAUAUAGCACAAUGCAUAGCCAAGGGUUCUUCUUUCCGAUUCCAGGACAUACGCUCCUUGAUGUAUAAAUGGGAACUCGAUCGAAUUCAAGUUAACAACAUCCGUCGCGUUACUAUAAAACCAAAACAAUUCGAGUUAAACAUUAACUACCGUUCCCAUAAUGGGAUCCUUCGACUUGCUGCUUCAAUAAUUGACCUCAUCUGGUACUUUUUUCCUGAUACAAUUGACCGUCUAUCACGUGAACGUGGUGAAGUUGGCGGCCCACGACCUUUAGUCUUUAAAGGGUUUCAAGCUGAAAGCUUCCAUUUCAAUGUCUUUUCUGCCGGUGAGAAUAUCGGAAAUUAUAUCGAAUUCGGUGCUGAACAAGUCAUUAUCGUACGUGAUGAAGAAUCUAAAUCAAGUGUUAAAGCCAAAAUUGGAAAGGCCGGGUUGGUGAUGACAAUUUUUGAGGCGAAGGGAAUGGAAUUUAAUGAUGUACUGUUGUAUAACUUCUUUACAGAUUCAUCUGGAUGUCAAAAGUGGCGAGUAAUUCUCUCGGCUUUGAGAGAUCACUCCGAGGCAGUUCAAGCCUUUUCUCACGAGAAGCAUUACAUCCUUUCCUCUGAACUUAAGAAUCUUUACGUUGCAGUUACCAGGGCACGACAGCACAUUUGGAUAUUUGACGAGAAAAGUGAAUACAUCGAGCCAAUCUGCAAAUACUGGGAGCAAGAAGGGCUGGUCAAAGUGAUUCGAAGUGAGGAUAAAAUCAUGACUUUUCCUACAUUGGCUAAGAAGAGUAGUUCAACAGAAUGGAAUCGAAAAGGAAAAAAGUUUUUUGAACUGCGGCAAUAUGAACAGGCUAUUUUCUGUUUUGAGAAGAGUGAAAACUAUGAAAGACUCAAGCUAGCUGAGGCUUAUUAUUUUCAGCAAAUCGCAAGAGCCUCCAUAAAUGAUUCCGAUCAGAAUGUCGUGAUCUUUAAUUUUAAUCGUGCAGCUGACGCAUUUAGAAAAUGUUCUCGACCAAUACAAGCGGCUUCAUGCUAUGAGAAUAUCAACAUGUAUGAAAAAGCUGCGGAAGUUUAUGUUGACUGGAAUAUGUUUGAAGAUGCUGCACGUUGUUAUCGUAAAGUUCCUAACUUUGAAAAAGCGGGAAAAUAUUUUGAAAAGGUGAACAAGUUCACCGAAGCUGUUGUUGCUUAUAAAGACGGUCAAUAUUAUGAAAAAGUUAUUAAUUUAAUGCAAAGAGAAAACAUUGACGAGAGAAUAUUCAAUCGUAUCGCACGUCUUGUUAAUAUUCAUUAUCGCCACGUAAACGACACAAAAAUGAGCGAGAAAGCUCUCUCUAUUCUCCCAACCCAGGAAGAACAAAUAAAUCUCCUUCGAGAUCACGCUCCUGAAGAACUUCAGGAGAUUUGUAAGAAGAAUGGUCAGUUUCGUGCCGCUGCUGAAGACUUACGCUCGCGUGGGAAGUACGGUGAGGCGGCUGAUAUGUUCUUUCACUCGGCUGACAACGACGAUGAUAUCAUCGAGUCUUUGCGAUGUUACUUGUAUCUAUGUAGAGUCGAAGUAUUAAAAAUAACAAUGUUAGAUCUUACGAGCUCGGAUUCCACUAAAGGACCAAAAGGACAUUUUUUCAAGGCUCUGAGUAAAGUCAAAGUACUAAAAAAAAUAAUGAAAGAUCUCAUGAGCUCGGAUUCCACUAAAGAACUAAAAGAUCGUCUUUUCAAAGCAAAAAUUAUUAUUACAAAAGCUAAAUCGCAAUCUUUGAAAAGUUCUGAGGAAUGGAAGAGCCUAAAAGAAGAGGUUCAGCUAUAUCAAGCAUAUAUAAAAUCUGAUCUCGACGGAAUUCGAAAGUGCAUACAAUUUUUUAAAAAUCGUGAAGACCAUGCCACUGAAUUUCGUGCAAUAAUCACAAUGUUGCAUGCGUCAAGCUUUGAUAUCAAGGCAGAGAACUGGCAGGAACGAUUACAUUGUCUAUUGAGAAUGUGUGAACUGGCCUUUCCUUUUUUAGCUCCUCGAGGAAAUGAAGAUCUCACAAAAAUCAACAAAGAUUUUCAGGACAUUUUCAUUAUAAACGAGGUUGAAAAUCGGCCACAAAAACGAAAAAUAUCUUCUGACAAUUACCUUGUGCAUUUGCUAAACCAAAAUGAUGCAGAGGACGCUGUAGAAGUUUCGGAAAAUUGGCAUGUAUAUAAUGAGAAUAAUCUGAACUCUAAUAUCUCGCAACUACUUGCUUCAUAUAUCUAUGAGCACAUCUGGGAGAUUCAUCAGAAGGGUAAAGAAAUUCAAGAGAUACACUCUGAAAUCUGCUUCAAGUUUGCGUCAAAUCAAGAUUGUCAUAAUUGUGGAAAACAUCAUGUUAUUCCAACACCUUCAAUUCUGUGCAAACGUCUUUCUCUUGCUUUUCUCCAUUACAGUGUGAUGCGACAAUUGGAUGUAUUGUACCAUCGCCGUUGUCUUAAAUCGGAACAAAGUAAAAAUGUUCUUGGAAUACAAAGGUAUUGGGCUGAAAAGCUUGCGGCGGUACAUAUUCGCUAUCAAUCUCCUCAAACAAGCUGUCCAGAAAUCACUUAUGCGGUGCUUUCUAAACUUCCUAAGCACACACGUAAAGGAUUAAUUGAUCUUUCUUACAAGAAAUGGUUGCCUGAAGCACUUAAUAAGCCCAAUGACUUUUCGAUCAUGUUAAAAUGCAUGUUCGUUGUUUACCAAUUACAAGAUAGAUGGGUGAUUAAUCAAUUCAGUUGGGAAAUGUCAAAAAGAAAAUUUUUGAGAACCCCUAAUGAAUUACCUAAUGGGUUUUAUUUGCUUGGGUUUAAUUACCACUCUGGAUAUAACGAAGCUGUUCCUGUUGCAAAUCAACUCUCAUUAUUCUUCUCAAAUCUUUAUAAUAACCACGUGUCAUAUGCGAUCGAGCACAUAAGGAUGUUUAUUCAAUACACUAUCGACAAGACUGAAUUAAUCAAUAUAAAUACACCCGAUUCAUUUGGUGACCUCCUGUCUCUUAUGGAGUUUAAAACAUCUUUGGUUUUUGCGGCUGCUCCUGGACCUUGCGAUUUUUGCCUUCCUCGAGCUUAUUUGGUUAAUUUUUUUGACGCAUUUACUGCGAAGCCGCUUACUCCUAACCAAAAUGGCUAUAACGAAGCUGGUUAUCUAGCUGAAAUCAAAAAUUCCAUUGAUCAAGUUCAGCAGCUUCUCAAACUGCUGAUUUUCACUGAGCAGGUUGAUUUGAACAUUAUCCUUAGGUUGAUACGUCUCUUAGUUCUCAUAAGCUUAAACGAACGCACUUUUGAAAUCAGAGUUUUUGAUUUUUUUAAACACUGGGAAAGAACUUUGAAAGAAAAAGUAUUUUCUCCAAAGCUCAUAAGGUACUUGAGUGAAAAACAUAUCAGUCCUCGCCUUGUGAAACUUCUUCACAAUGAUCUCAAGGAGAGAGAUUGCGACUCUCUGGUAAUUGUCUAUUAUAACUGUGGAGGUUUAUCAAAACAUUCAGAUCUGGAACAACAUGGAAUUAUAGAGCUUAAAUAUACUUCUGUUGAGCAAUUCCGUUCUGCUCUUCGAAAGAUCAAAUCACCAACUACAGAAGUAAAUAUCCUAAUAAAUCAACUGUCACAGAAGCCAGAUGAUCAUAAGCAGCAGAACGUUGUAUCAAAACAAAUCGUUAACGAAGAUGUUCAGAACACUGAAAAAUUCGAGAUUUUCAAAGAAGCUCAAGAUUGGUUUCGCCUAAUUCACGAUUCUUCACGGGCUCAAAAAUCAGCCACCAAAAUUCAAAAUUGGUUCCGCCGUGCUCUUCAACGACAAGAAUCUCGUCAACAAAAUUUUGAUCCAGUUCUAGAAAAGACUUUCAACAACAUGAUAGUUUUUUGCAAGGAUGAACAUCACUGGAGGAUUGCGAAAAAGAAGAAAAAGCCGGUGAAUAAAUAUCAUAUUCUAUUGAGAGGCUUGAUCGUAAAAAACAUUGUGGAUCUGACCAAGCUGCAAGAGAAAAUGGAUGCAAUUAAGAUAAAAUUGCAAAAGACAAUUAAUAAUCGCAAUUCAAAUGACCAGAAAAUUGACGAAUGUUUAGGUUUACUGGACGACUUAAAGUAUAUUCACAAUGAAAAUGUUAAGAUGGCGCUAGAUUCAUUGUCAAUAGAAAACACAAAACAUCAAGAAGCAAACAUUGAGUGGCUAAAAAACGAAUCGCAAAUGGCAGAUGAGUUCCUAAGUAAGGUCAAUGAAUGGAUGGAUAAAUGCAAAAAUACCAUUAAAAAAUGA